AUGUCGCUCGGCCACAACGCCUGGCCUCCGGGCAACAUUCGGCCACCAGACGAUCUUCAGGACUCCCCCCGUCCGGUCAAUGGCUUAGUUAAGACUUUAUCAGGCUCUCGGACGCCUCAAAUACGCGGUUCUGUUGGCGCCGAAGGGCGGAACCCGAGCUUAGUGUCGGAAGCCGAUAUCAUGCCCGAAGAAGAUCCGCGCAUUGCUCAAUUCCGGGAAAUGUAUCGCCGUAGUGAGGCGAAAAUAAGUGCUUUGUUCUCGGGACGCUAUUCGGACGAUAACCCCACGGUGGCUGGCGACACUGUCGAACCGUCCGAAGCUCAACCCGAACGCGUCGACGAUGCGCCACCGCCUUCCGCUGCCCCGCGCAAGUCUACCCGAAAGCUCGACGAUGAUGAUUACGAUGAUUACGACGAAGACGACGAUGAGGAAGUGGAUGAUCUCGCCGAAUCGCCUUUGAGAACUAAGUCCACCGCCGCGUCACAGGAGCUUAGUGGUGCCGCGCCAUUAGCCCCUCGCCCCGGUACCUCAGCAUCAAUCAGUGCAGAUGGGAUCAAAGAGCCUAAGAAGGAAACAAUGGAAGAUCUUCGAAAGCAACUCGAGGAAGAUAAGAAGGCGACGGAGGAAGCUGCUCGCAGGAGCUUUCACACACUUUUCUAUACACUUGAGAAUGACCGGGAUGCCAUGCUUGAUCAGCAGCGCUUGGAAGAAUCAGAAAGACAGGUCGAGGCGGAGAUAUCCGGCCAGGCUAAUAUGGGCGGCGCUACUGCCCCAGGGGCCGCCAAUGGCUACAGCUCUUUGAGUAAUACGAACUUGGGCGCUUCUAGUUUGACGCUCAAGAACCUCAUCGCGCGGAUUGACAAGAAGCGCGAUCGGGUACAGGCAUCGGAUGCUGAGCUGCGAAGCUUACUAAGUGAGGUCCGUAAGAACCGCAGCAAGUGGGCGAAUGAAGACAAGGUGGGCCAGGAGGAGCUUUAUGAAGCUGCGGAAAAGGUGCUCAGUGAGCUCAAGGCCAUGACGGAACAUUCUACUGCUUUUUUGACUCGUGUCAACAAACGCGAUGCCCCCGACUAUCAUACGAUCAUCAAGCACCCCAUGGACCUUGGAUCAAUGACCAAAAAGCUGAAGGGCUUGCAGUAUAGAUCCAAACAAGACUUUGUCGAUGAUCUUACUCUCAUUUGGGCGAAUUGCUUGAAAUAUAAUACCAACACCGAACAUCCCCUACGGAAGCACGCGCUUUAUAUGCGUAAGGAAACCGAAAAGCUUGUCCCUCUCAUCCCGGAAAUCAUCAUCAGGGACCGUGCGGAAGUUGAGGCCGAAGAACGUCGACUCCAGCUUGCCGACAAUGAUGGCGCCGAGGAGAGUGACGAUGAGCCCAUCAUGUCCUCGCGAGGCAGAAAGGCGCCUGGCAAAAAGACAUCCAAAAAAGGCACUGCGCCUGCCCGCAAUACUCCCAGCGGCUCUGAAGGCCCCCCUAGAGCUCCCAGCACUCAACCUCCUGCCGCAGUCCGUUCCGAUUCAGAUGCUCCCGGCGAAGCAAGUCAGAAUGGAUUCUCCACACCACCUCCUAGAUCUCACACGCCGUUUGACCCUGCUGGUCCGGGUGCGAUAGGUGCAGCGAGCCAGGAUGAUGCGAUGGAUAUUGACGGGCCAAGUAGCUCGACCACCGCGCUGAGUGCCAUAUCACUUCCCAACGGUGUAGAACCGGAAGACCCUGAAUUUAAAGUGUGGAAGCAAGUGACAAAGAAAGAUCGAGCGCGUGUUGCCGCAGAGCGACAUCGUCUGCUCCGUGGAGAUAAGGUCAAUUCCGAGGAACCCGCUCUCCUCAGAACCAAAGCCGGUAUGCGUCGGUGGCUUCGACACCAGAAACAAGCCACCGUCGAAGCAGAUAAGUCUCUCGGUGCAGAUUCUCAAGCCAUGGAACCCGAGGCCGCAGGCGAGUCCCUUGCGGAAGGUAUCGAGGUGGAAGAGGCGCAGAUGCUACCCUACUAUUACGAUGUAAUGUCUGGUGUUCCCGAUCUCCCUGAGCGAUUACUCUGGAAAGAAGACGCCCAAGGAAAUGUUGUUGAUGCAUCUGAGGAAUUCCUGAGAAUGCUUCCAAAGGGUCGCUUCGUCCAACCGGAUAGCAAAUUGACUCGCAAGAUGAACUCAAACAUGCGCCAAGUACAAGAGACCCGCAAGAUCUGCUCGAAAAUCGGAAUCGUCAAGCAAAUGCAGCUUCAAUCUCAGAUGUACCAAAAUCAGUUUCAGAAAUACCAACCCGAGCCAUUUCUUGAGCAAGAUAUUGAGCCCCAUGUCAUGAAUGAUAAUGGCCCCGUGAUUGCUCCUUGGACCUGUAGAGCAGCAUUGCAACGCUCAGUUGCCAAGGUUUUCUACCAUACCGGCUUCGAAGAAUAUCAACCGUCUGCUCUUGAGGCUGUUACAGACAUAGCCGCCGACUUUUUCCAGAAACUGGGGUCUACAUUCAAGUCUUAUAUGGAAACACCGAAGGUUUCUACCACCGAGUCACAUGAAUCUACAACACCACCCAACGAAUGGAAAUCCGCGUAUACUCAGUCUGAAAUUGUUUUACACACCUUAUCGACUGUCGGGAUCCACAUAGAUGAGCUAGAGUCAUAUAUCAAGGACGAUGUGGAUCGUCUAGGGACCAAGCUCACGACUGCCCAUGAUCGUCUCAAGUCACUUCUGACAGAACUCCUUCGACCUGCUCUAGAAGGUGGCGAAGACGGCUCAAAUGCGUUUGCCGAUGGCAGUGAACAGUUUGUCGGUGGCGAUUUCGCCGAGGACAUUGACGAAGACUUCUUUGGUUUCAAGGAACUGGGCUUGGAUCGGGAGUUUGGCCUCUCCACACUGAGUGUGCCCUUGCAUCUACUCCAAAACCGGAUGUUCAACGCGGCCAACCCGCAAAGUGCCAAUGUUUCACAGACCGUCACUCUAUUCGCUCCUCCGCCUCCAUAUGCACGCAUCUCAACAGACAACGUUUCUCGCCAGAUUGGACUCCUGCAGUCCUUCUUCAAGGGCAAGCUUGAUGCGAACCGGGAUGAGCCUCUUGUGGAAGACCUUGAGCUCCCCCCCCAAACAGCGUCCAAUGGCGACCAAACCCCGUCUUCCAGCAUCCGGCAAAAUCCCUCAGACUGGUCUUCUCUCGAGCAUUAUUUCCAGCCCGCAGAAACGAGCUGCUCCGCCAGGCGCGUCGAAGACUGGCGUGGUGCAUCCCUUGAAAUGCCUAAUUUCAACCCUGAUGGUGAUGGCGACCAAACCACCGGUGAUGCGACAUCCAAUGCCAAUUUGAAAUCCGAAGAAACCGCUCUCGCUGAUGGCGCCGGCGAAUCCCUGACUAACGGGGCAUAA